CGAAGACUUUAUCCAAAACCCAAAAAUAUGGUAGCGAGUAAUCCUUAAACCCUAACUCCUGCAAAUUUCCAUUCACGAAGUGGUAGUAAAAUGCCCCACACGACGACUCCAUUACCCUCGAAAACAAGCAUUCAACUAGAAGAUGUUGAGUCUGCUGCAAAGCCUCAACGCAUCAUACCCACUGAUUACACCGACAACAACAUAAACCAGGAUGAAAACAAGAGGCUUAAAGAUGUUGAAAUCAGUGUUCCGGUGGUAUAUGGAACUAUGGCAUUUUACCUUGGUAAAAAGGCCAAUGAGUUACAGUCUCAUAAAUGGACAGUGUACGUACGCGGAGCGACCAAUGAGGAUCUUGGUGUAGUGAUAAAGCAAGUCGUGUUUCAAUUGCAUCCUAGUUUUGAUAACCCUAUAAGAGUUGUUGAAUCUCCACCAUUUGAGUUAUCUGAAUGUGGCUGGGGUGAAUUUGAAAUCUGUAUCUCCAUACUUUUUCAUGACGAUGUCUGUGAUAAGCAUGUGGACUUGUUCCACUUAUUGAAGUUGUAUCCUGAUGCUGAAAGUGGUCCACAGUCAACCAAGAAACCUGUUGUUGUGGAAACUUAUAAUGAGAUUGUCUUUCCUGACCCCUCAGAGAACUUUUUGGCACGCGUGCUGAAUCAUCCUGCUGUAUAUGUGCCACGACUUCCUGCUGGAUUUAACUUGCCUGCUCCUGUUCCAAGCCCAAAUAUGAAUGUGAAAGGGAAAUAUGAUGCCAAAAACCAUCCAUUGAAUCACUGGUUCAUAAAUUUUUCAGAGGCAGAUGAGCUUUUGAAACUUGCAUCUGCUCGUCAGCAGGUGCAAGCUCAUAUUCUUAAGCUGAGAAGACAAUUGAGCAUGUUAGAUGGACCACCUCAACCAUCAAAACUAGCCUACGGACACACAUGGGCAGUCCUAAAAUUGUGACAAAUUUGUGGUACCUGGCAAGAGAAAGAGCCCAUCAUGCUAAACAUGUCUAAAAUUUGGCAAAUUUUGAAAAGCUGAGAAUGACUCUAAAUUCUCUUGGAAGGCUUGUCCAUGCCAUGGAAAGGCACCUCCAGAAAAGAAACAAUUUUGCCUUAGCAGAAGGAUAUGAUUAGCUUGCGGGCACUGAUGAGACUCUUUUCUCACUGGACUGAGCAUGCAUUCUGAGGUAAUUUGGAUGGAAAUUUGUGGUUCAAGUAAUUAUCCGAACCAUCCACCCAAAAAAGCUUACCUUGUUCCUCGUAUUAGUUCAGUCACUUUCUCAAAUGCUUUUGAGGAACUCAGCAAGGUUUC